GAGAUGCCAGUGGAGUGAAGUGAACUCCUGACUACUUCUACUCGAGCAGGAGGAGCAGGAGGAGCAGACAAGCAUGCAUGAUGCAUCCAUGCGUAACAUCUGAACAUUCAUUCAUUCACCCGCCAGAAGCUGCGGCUCCAUCUCCACGACCUGGCGGACUUUAUCCAACUCGUAACGAAAUGAGAAAGCGAAAGGGGAAUGCGAUUCCGAGGCUGACAUUCAAAUGGGCACAUUGAAUAGGCGAAAACAUUCGGAGAGUCCCGGCGCGAGUGAUCGAAUCCUGCAGACCCCCCACAUGCGCAAGAGCCGCGAGCCUUUUCACCAGACCCGAGGCCCACAAGUAGUAAAAUAUUGCGGUGGUGGGGUGGGGAGGCGUUUGCGGUGCCAAAUGGAGUUUAUGAAGAAAUGAACUGCAGAAUGGUGGAGCCAUGUCCCCCUCCUCUUGCGCCUUCCAAAGUUGAGAUAUAGUCAUGAUUCAUUAUUGCCCCGAUUUCCAGUUUUAAAUUGCUACAGGCAGAUGCAGCAGCAGCAGCAGCCCAGCAGCCAGCUGCUGCUCCUCCUCCUUGCAAUUGCUCCCUUGCUUCCUGGCCCGUCGCUGUUUUCUGGGGAGUGAGUGAGUGAGAUCGAUUAGCAGGACAAGAGCUAGAGCUAGAGCUAGAGCAGCUGCUGCCGCAUUCACUGUGUGCCUUGCGGUCGUUGAGUUGUGGUGUGGUUGAACCUCGUGGGAUUGGCGCAGUUCGGUGGGCAUUGUCUCGUGCAGCGUUCAGUCGAGGCAUCGGCAUCUGUCCAUCCGCCCGAUGCCGCCGACGACCAAGAGCACGCUGCGAGAGAAAGCGAGGGCGAGGGCGAGAUGAUCGUUGCGCUCGCUGGUCGAUCGAUCGAUGCUGGCGCGGGCGGCGCGAGGAUUGCAUUGUCGUAUUAUGCACGCGCCUGGUGCCGACAACAACGCCGUUUGAAGGUCAGCGCGCGCGGCCCUGCAGGCAGCAUCUGGUGAGCAGGAGCAGGAGGAGGAGGAGGAGCAGCAGCAGCAGAAGUGAGGGAGGGGAGGAUUGACUGACUGACACACUCACUCACUAACUCGCUCGCUCGCUCGCUCGCGCACACCCGAACGCAGAACGCAGGGCAGACUGUCACCCGGACCACGAGGCAGGCACGCAGAGAGGGAGGGAGGCAGGCAGAGAGAGUCUGGGGACGCAGGAAUUGGGUGGGAAAAGGACGGACGAGCAUGCGAGCCUCGGGACGGACGGGCGGGGGCGGCCGGGCAGGGGAGGGGGGCCAGUGUGGAUUAGAUUAGUUAGUCGGUGCCGUGAUCUGCUUCCGUAAGCGGUCAAUCUGUGAUAGUCGUGCGUCCCGGUGCAUUGAGAGGUUGCGGCAAGCUCGAGCUGCAUUUGCCACGCAUGCGCGGGACAAUGUUGUGGCCGUCGUCCCGGCAUCUCGUCGUCUUAAUGAGAACACCGUUGCUAUCGCCAUGUUCUGCUGCUGCUGCUGCUGCACAGGAGCGGGGGCCUGGAUGUGUAAUUUUUAUCCGCGCGGAUUAGUUCCCACUUUGAGCAAGAGAAAUGCGAGGACAUAGCCCGCUCGCUCGCCAGCAACGGAAUAAGCACUUUGGCUCCUCAGCUCUCGUCGUCUCCGUGCGUCGUACGAAGAAUAGCAAUGUAGCAGAGGAAGUGGCUCUCGUGGGGAUUUCAUGAAGAUAUGGGUCUGAAGAGCGCCGGUUCAAUCCUGCAUCAACGAGGACGCGGAAGCAGCAGCAGAGGACGAGGACAGGGCGAAUAAAAUUCUCAGAGCCCCUCCCUCGCGUGGACGGAGGAGGUCGGUGAAAGAACAUGACAGGUGGGCUACGACAUAGGAGACAGAUUUGGGGCAGCCAGUGGGGGAGGAUCACAAUACUUCUGCUGGGCGUGGUGGCAUUGCAGAGCGCACGGGUCGAGGCGUUCGUCAAUGCUGAGGGGAUUGCGCUCUACGGCUUCAGGUAUGCGAUCACCGAGGAUCCGAAGGGCAUUUUUGACGACUGGAACACCAUGGACUCGACGCCGUGCAAUUGGACGGGAGUGACCUGCGAUGCGGACGGCCGAGUGUCGAGGCUCAUUCUGAACGACGCGGGGCUGGCGGGCUCGCUCGCCACGAGCUUGCAGCACCUGGCCCGCCUGAGGACCAUCUCGCUCACGCACAACAAUCUGCAGGGCACCAUUCCGCCGCAGUUCGCCGAGAUCAGCACGCUCUACAAGCUCAACCUCAGCGGCAACGCCCUGUCGGGCCCCAUUCCCGGCCAGCUCGGGCGAAUUGGCGGCAUGCGCCUGUUUGAUCUGUCGGGCAAUGCGCUCUCGGGCUCGCUUCCGGCCGAGCUCUUCUCCAACUGCCAGAGGCUGCGCUACAUCUCGCUGGCCCAGAACCGCUUCACCGGCGCCAUCCCCUCGAGCCUGGCCAAUUGCGCCAACCUGGAGGGCAUCGAUUUCUCGCACAACAACUUGCAGGGCUCCAUUCCCGCCGAGCUCGGCCAGCUGCCGACUUUGUUCAUCUUGAACCUGGAGCAGAAUUUCCUGUCCGGGAGAAUUCCCGCAGCGCUGGGCAACUGCACGGCCCUGACGUACCUGAAUCUCGGGGCCAACUCGCUCUCGGAGGAUCUGCCUCCGCAGCUGUCCGCAUUGACCAACCUCGUCACUCUGUCAUUGCACGACAAUUUCCUGUCGGGGAGCGUCGGCUCAGAUUUGGUGUUCCUGCCCGUCGCGCAGGCGGUGAAUCUGUCGAGCAACAGCUUCUCCGGAUCGAUGCCGGCUCCUGGUGGCCGAAAUUGCACCGCGCUCCGAGCCCUGGACCUGUCCGACAACAAUUUCACGGGCGUGAUCCCCCCGGAUCUCAGCCAAUGCUCGCAGCUGCGCGCUCUGAAUCUCUCGUCCAACGCCCUGGUGUCCGCCAUACCCGCAUCCCUGAGCGCUCUGGCGGGAAUGCAAACUCUGGACCUCAGCUUCAACGCUCUGACCGGCGCCAUGCCCCCGGAGCUCGGGCUGCUCGCAGCGCUCACGGCCCUGCAUCUCCAAGGCAACGCCAUCUCGGGCCCCAUCCCCCCGGAGAUUGGGUUGCUCUCGCACCUGCAGGUGCUCGAUCUUCACAGCAUGCACCUCGAGGGAUCGUUGCCGGAUGCGGUCACGGAUUGCACCUCGCUCUCGCUGCUGGACGUAUCCGACAACGAGCUGACGGGGCAGAUCCCGGAGCGCAUGAGCGCGCUGGCCGACCUCGAGGUGCUGAACCUGGCGGUGAACGAUUUGGGCGGCAGCAUCGCGGCGGAGCUCGGCAACCUGACCAAGCUGCGCAGCCUGGACCUGUCCAACAAUUCGCUCGAGGGCGCCAUCCCCGCGACGCUGGGCGCAUUGGAGGCGCUGCGCUUCCUGAACGCCUCGUUCAACCACCUGUCGGGGCCGAUUCCGCGCAACGGAGCGCUGGGGCGCUUCAACAUGAGCUCGUUCCUGGGCAAUCCGCUGCUCUGCGGGGCGCCGCUGGGCGCGCCCUGCCGGGCGCUGGCGCCGGAGGGCGAUGGCGAUGGCGCUGGCGCUGGCUCGGGCGCCACGGGCAGCGCGGGGAGCCGCGGGACGCGGCUGCUGAGCUCGUCGUCGAUCAUCGCCAUCGCCGCGGCGGCCUUCAUCGCGCUGGGAGUGGUGGCGGUGACCAUCAUGAAUGUGCGGGCCAUCCGCAAGCGGCGCGAGGGCGACGUGCUGGUGUACGAGAGCUCGCCGCCGUCGCCCGACGUGAGCCCGAUUGUGGGCAAGCUCGUGCUCUUCAGCAAGGACCUGCCGUCGCGCUACGAGGAUUGGAAGACGGGCACCAAAGCGCUGCUGGACCGCGAGUGCAUGAUCGGGCGCGGCACGCUGGGCUCGGUGUACAAGGCCACAUUCGAGGGUGGGCUGUCGAUCGCCGUGAAGAAGCUCGAGACGCUCGGGCGCAUCAAGAAUCAGGACGACUUCGAGCAGGAGAUGGGGCUGCUGGGCAAUCUCAAGCACCCGAACCUGGUGCCGCUGCAAGGCUACUACUGGUCGUCGGCCAUGCAGCUGCUCCUGUCGGAUUUCGUGGCCAACGGGAGCUUGUACAGCCACCUGCACCAGAGCAGCGGCGCCGUCACGAGCCUCAGCUGGGCGCUGCGCUUCAACAUUGCGCUGGGCACGGCCAAGGGGCUGGCGUACCUGCACCACGACUGCCGGCCGCCCGUGUUCCACUUCGACCUCAAGGUGUCCAACAUUUUGCUCGACGCCGAAUUCGAGCCGCGCGUCUCGGACUAUGGCUUCGUCAAGCUGCUGCCGAUGCUGGACACGUACAUCUCGAGCCGCAAGUUCCACACGACGCUGGGCUACGUUGCGCCCGAGCUCGCCUGCCAGAGCCUGCGGCUCACCGAGAAGUGCGACGUGUACAGCUUCGGCAUGGUGCUGCUGGAGCUGGUGACGGGCCGGCAGCCCGUCGAGAGCUUCGAGAACAGCGUGAUUGUGCUGGGCGAGUUCGUCCGCAGCUCGCUCGAGCAGGGCAACGUGAGCAGCUGCGUCGAUCCCCGGCUCGACGCCGUGCCCGAGAGCGAGAUCAUGCAGGCGCUCAAGCUCGGCCUCAUCUGCACCUCCCAGACGCCCUCCAAGCGCCCCACCAUGGCCGAGGUCGUGCAGGUGCUGGAGUCGAUCAAGACCUCCAGCACUUCCUCGGAGGCUGCCUCCUCCCCGUAGCUGCUCCGAGCAUCCGCUCCCUCUUCUUCUUCUUCUUCAUCUCCAUCGAAGUCAUCGAAGCCACGGAUGGUUUUCGGUCAGGAGAUUCUGAUAAAGUUCUAUACGGAGAACAGGAAGACGAGCUUGCAGUGCAGUGCAAUGCAAUGGCGCUCUCCAUUUUUUUGGGCUCCGUUUACGGCGUGGAUGAGCCUUAUGAUCAUCACAGCAGCCACCACUACCACUACCACCAUCUUGUAAUUGUACAACAUGUCAUACACAAACCCUUGGACGGUUUCAAGCUGCAGAUUGGGCAAAGAAACAAAGGCCUUGAAGCCUGGCAGAAAGGAGAAGCCACCAUCUUAUCUUCUUCGUCCUUUCAGGGCCUUUCUUUCUUUGACAAGUAGGUUUGCAUCAGCUUGCUGUACAUUUAUAUGGGCCAUCCAAUUCGAUGGCUUUCUCUCAGUUCAGUUCUCAUGGCUCGCCACCGCCACUACCACCACCACCAUCACCACUUCGAACCUGCGAGCUCGCGAAAAUAAAUCCAACCUCUGUUCGAGUGAGUGGGUGGGUGGGACGGUUUUGAGAACGCUGGAUACGUUCUGUGUUACGGGUUUGUCAAAGCUCUGGCAGGGAAUCAUAGCUCGAGGUUGUUGUUGUGGUAGCUUUCGUGGUCACUCGUCUCCUCCUCCGCAUCGCCAGCCAGCCAGCCAGCCAGCCUCGCCUGGCUCUCCGGAGCUCUCACUCACCAGCUGCUCUGCUCUCUGCUGGGCCUGCUGGCGAUGGUGAUGGUGGACUUCAUCCAUCAGGGAGGAAGAAAGAAGCGGCAGCGAUGCAUGCGCCCAUGGCAAUUCUUAGAAGCUUCCGCCUCGUUGGAGAUUAGAUUUUUAGAGUGACAGUUCCAGAUAUUGAAGAAGACCCUUUCAGGGGUUCUCAUUCUUUGACAAGUAGUAGUGUGUACCAGCUCCUUGUACAUUGAGGGCCGUCUCAACUGACGGCCCGAGUCUCGCACCUCUUGGAUCUCGCAGCACUGAACCCGGAGCUCUUCCAAGUAGGUUCCGAGAGCGCUAGCUAGAUACACAGACAGACAGGCGCUAUGAACGUUUUCGCUUAGCUCUUAGCUUUUAUACAGAAGAAAAUGAAGUCUCUUCCGAUCCGGUCUCUGGGCUCUGUCAUGAAUGUCUUGCGACAUAUAAUUCAGAAGGAAGUGGCUGCUGCCUAGCAGAGGAGGGAUUAGUAGAUUGCUUGCACAUUUCCUCUGCUCCACGACAUGUUAAUUUUCUCCCCUUGAGACGAUCAGAAAGAAAGACUUCGAAUAAAUCACUGAGACCUUCUAUAGACAGGAAGUCCGGUCUGGUCUCAGCUUGCUGUAAUCCAUGCACAAUUCUGUACAGAGCCUGUCGAUAUCAUCGAUCAAGCCAACGAACAUCGGAAGGCCGAUCAUGUGUCGUACCGGGAGGAUACAGCGAGAUUCCACUUCUCGAAGCAUUAUCGGCCAUUCCCUGUCGACCUCAAGUCUGAACCUGACGGUUACACUACAGUGCAUGUUUCUCGAGAACGCUGGAGUUAUGAUCGGGUCGGACUAUCGGCUUUUAAAUUAGCCGAUAUUGGCCGAUCUGCUGUCAUUCGAGCCUCUCCCAAAUAUGGUCUGGGGUUGAGAAAUUGUAUGACAUGGUGUACCACCAAAGGGAAUGAAUAAUUUACGCUCUUCACUUAUUGCAG